AUAAAAAGCCAUGAAGAGUAACUUCAUUUCAUCAUUAAAAAAUCAUUUACGUGAAGAAUGAAGACCAUUUCCCUUAAAUUUUUGUUAUUGGCUUGUCUUGUUGUCGUCAUUUUCCGUCAGAAUCUUGCAGUGGGGAAUUUUUGUAAAAACAACAAUGACUGCAAAAAGUUAUGUGGAGGGCCUGGAGGCUAUUGCAACAAUAUUCGUGAAAGUUGUGUGUGUCAUAAUUUAAACAAUAUAAAUGCAAUUAACCUUGGUUCUUCUAACGAUCCUUGUAUCCCAGAACAUCCCGGUUGUCGUGGAGGUCCUCCACCAAAACAGUUGAAAGUGUAACGAUAAAACUAUUGUAUUUUGAUCCCAAAAAAGACUAUUGUAUAUGUCUGACAUAGUAUAUGUCUGUGUCUGACAUAAGUUAUUUGCUGAAUAAAAUAUAAUUUCAUUUAUCAA